CCGUGGCCAGCGGCGACGUGCUGGGGCCAGCGCGGCCUUUUCCUCGAUGGCCGGGCCGGGGGGGGGGGGCCCCGGACGGGAAAACCCCCCCCCAAAGGGCCCUUCCGGCCCCGCGGCCCCUCGGAUCAAACAUUAACCGGGGCCGGGGCCGGGGGGACGCGGCGACGGGGCCACCACAGCCCGGGGCCACCCAGGGACCCCCCGUGCCAUGAGCAGCCCGCCAUGGGGGCCGUGGGGCUGUGCGCGCUGCUGCUGAUGCUGUUGGGGGUCCCCGGGCGCCCCGAUGGGCCCCCCCCGCUCUGCGACCCCCGAGUGAUGGAGAGGUUCAUCCUGGAGGCGCGCGACGCCGAGAGGGGGCUGGCCGGCUGCGGCCCCCCCUGUGACCUGCCCGAGGCGGUGGCGGUGCCUUACCCCGGGGUCAACUUCAAUGAGUGGCCACGGAUGGAGGGCGCGGCGCGGGCGCAGGACGUGCGCGGGGGCGUGGCCACGCUCGUGGCCGCCGUGCAGCGCGCGCGGGAGCUGCUGCCCGACCCGCGCCUGCGCCCCCUGCUGGAGCGCGCCAACAGCGCGGCGCGGAGCCUGGCGCGCCUGCUGCGGGGCCUGACCGGCAAGGUCACCCCCUCAAGCGCCCCCCCCCCCCGGCAGUGGCAGGUCCGGAGCCUGGGCCGGCUCCUGGCGGUUCACAGCAGCUUCCUCCACGGGAAGGUCCGGCUCUUCCUCACCGACGCCUGUCGCCAGUGACUGACAGCAGCCAAUCACCAUCAGCACGUGACUGACAGCAGCCAAUCACCAUCAGCACAUGACUGACAGCGGCCAACCACCCAUCGUCAUGGGCGAGAGCGGCCAAUCAUCCAUUGACAUAUGACUGACAGUGGCCAAUCAGCCACCAGCACAUGGCAGUUGUCAAUCACCCAUUGCCCCCCCGCCCCCCCCAUCCCUGUUCCCUGCGGAGCCUCCCCCCGGCACGUUGGACGUCCCGGCAGGUGAUUGACAGCUGUCAAUCCUCCUCCCCCCCUGCCCCAGCCACCGCGGUGGGCCCCCAGAGCAGCCCAGCGGGCGGGGGAUGGAGAGCUGUCACUCAGGGGAGACGCGGCCCCCCCCCAGCGAGUGUCUGUGUCUGUGUGUGAGUGUGAGAGACCCGUAACUUAAUGCAAACAAGAGUAUUUAUCUGAGCUCAUU